UGUAUAGUCACUGUUGACAUGGGGGGAUUGUUAUUUUUUAUAAUUUUUGCAGGAUGACUUGUAUUUUUAAUAGAACCGUUCCAUUAAAGGAUCUGCUCGGUGGAGAUUUUCUAUAUAAGAUCCUUCUCCUGAUUGACCCAUCAAGGAUGGACAGGGACAAGAUGGCGGAGCGUAUAAUAAAUCUCACCCAAGAGAUCCUCUUCCGGCUUACUGGAGAGGACUACACAGUGGUGAAGAAGACUUCUUUUGGGAGUUGUCAGGCCCCUGUGUCUGAAGAAUGGGGAAAAACCCUGAGCCCAAUCAUGGGGCCUCCACCUCACCCCCUGAUACAUGAGAAAAUCAAUAGAGAGAAGAUCCUAGAACUCACCAACAAGAUGAUUGAGCUGUUGACUGGAGAGGUUCCUAUAAGGUGUCAGGAUGUCACCAUCUAUUUCUCCAUGGAGGAGUGGGAGUAUUUAGAAGAACACAAAGAUCUGUACAAGGACAUCAUGAUGGAGGAUCAUCGGCCCCUCACAUCACUAGUUAAGGAAGAGAGAAGAACAGCAGAGAGAUGUCCCAGUCCUCCUCUUCCACAGGAUGGUUCUGAAGAACAUCACAAUGUCCCACAGGAUGAUCAGUUUGUGAAUCCGGGCGAAGAUCUGAACAAUAUUAAUCCUACAAAGACAUAUGUGAGGGGUUAUGAGCAAAGUAUAGAGGACUUUCCUACAGAUAAACGCCCAGCUGACUGCACCAGGAGCUCAGGACAGGGGAUAUCUUCACAACAUACUAUGCCUCAAAAUGUAUAUGAACAACUCGUCAUUAUCCCAGAUAUAUCCUCAGACUUUCACAGCAAAGAUCCAUCAUCUGAUUCUUUUCAAUGGAUCCGAUCUUCUGAUUUAUCACAGACUGUUAAGCAAAACAAAGAACACAGAAGGGGUGAACAUCAAAGAUGGCAGAAGCAAUUUUCAUGUUCAGAAUGUGGAAAAAGUUUUAUCCAGAAAUCAGACCUUGUUAAACAUCUGAGAAGUCACGAAGGGCAAAAGCCAUUUUCAUGCUCACACUGUGAGAAAUGUUAUAGCAAUGAAUCAGAUCUUAUUAGACAUCAGAGAAUUCACACAGGGGGGAAGACAUUUUCGUGUUCAGAAUGUGGGAAAUGUUUUCACCAUAAAUCAAAUUUUGUUAGACAUCAGAGAAUUCACACAGGGGAGAAGCCAUUUUCAUGUUCAGAAUGCGGAAAAUAUUUUACCCAGAAGCAUGAACUUGUUAUACAUCAGAGAAAUCACAUAGGGGAGAAGCCAUUUUCAUGCUUAGUAUGUGGGAAAUAUUUUAAUCGGAAAUCACAUUUUGUUAUGCAUCAGAGAAUUCACACGGGGGAGAAACCAUUUUCAUGUUCAGAAUGCGAGAAAUGUUUUAAUGCUAAAUCAGAUCUUGUUAUACAUCAUAGAACUCACACAGGGGAGAAGCCAUUUUCAUGCUCAGAAUGCGAGAAAUGUUUUAUUGCUAAAUCAGUUCUUGUUAGACAUCAGAGAAUUCACACAGGGAAGAAGCCAUUUUCAUGUUCAGAAUGCGGGAAAUAUUUUAUCCAGAAGCAAGACCUUGUUAUGCAUCAGAGAACUCACACAGGGGAGAAGCCAUUUUCAUGCUCAGAAUGCGAGAAAUGUUUUAAUGCUAAAUCAGAUCUUGUUAGACAUCAGAGAAUUCACACAGGGGAGAAGCCAUUUUCAUGUUCAGAAUGCAGAAAAUAUUUUACCCAGAAGCAUGAACUUGUUAUACAUCAGAGAACUCACACAGGAGAGAAGCCAUUUUCAUGCUCAGUAUGCGGGAAAUGUUUUAAUCGGAAAUCAAAUUAUGUUAUACAUCAGCGAAUUCACACAGGGGAGAAACCAUUUUCAUGUUCAGAAUGUGAGAAAUGCUUUAAGGCUAAAUCAGAUCUUGUUAGACAUCAGAGAACUCACACAGGGAAGAAACCAUUUUCAUGGAAUAGAUUUGAGACCUAUUUAGAUGUACAUCGUUUCAUUAGGAAAUUGAAUAUUUGUAAAUAUCUGAUGAAAAACCCCAUACAGACCACACAAACAGACAAUAGUGGGAUCUACACAGACUUGAGGAACAAAUCCACGUUCUAUCCAGUAAAUAAGGACAAUGAAUGUAUAGAGGCCUUCAAACGGGGCAUUUUAAAAGGAUUAGAUGAAAUCAAAUAUGAAGACAGAGUUAUGGAUAAUUUGAGUAAGAAAGAGAAGGAGGCUUUAAGGGGCUUGGAAAAAAACGAACUAGUGGUGGAUGAGCAGAGUAACUGCCCAGCUGACUGCACCAGGAGCUCAGAGGGACAGGGGAUAUCUUCACAACAUACUAUGGCUCAAGAUGUAUAUGAACAGCACGUCAUUAUCCCAGAUGUAUACCCAGACUUUCACAACAAAGAUCCAUCAUCGAAUUCUGUUCAAUGGAUCCGAUCUUCUGAUUUAUCACAGACUGUUAAGCAAAACAAAGAACACAGAAGGGGUGAAAAUCAAAGACGGCAAAAGCAAUUUUCAUGUUCAGAAUGUGGAAAAAGUUUUAUCCAGAAAUCAGACCUUGUUAAACAUCUGAGAAGUCACAAAGGGCAGAAGCCAUUUUCAUGCUCACACUGUGAGAAAUGUUAUAUCUAUAAAUCAUAUCUUAUUAGACAUCAGAGAAUUCACACAGGGGAAAAGACAUUUUCAUGCUCACUCUGUGAGAAAUGUUAUAGCCAUAAAUCAGAUCUUAUUAGACAUCAGAGAAUUCACACAGGGGAGAAGACAUUUUCAUGCUCACACUGUGAGAAAUGUUAUACCUAUAAAUCAGCUCUUAUUAGACAUCAGAGAAUUCACACAGGGGAGAAGACAUUUUCAUGCUCAGAAUGUGGUAAAUGUUUUCACCGUAAAUCAAAUUUUGUUAGACAUCAGAGAAUUCAUACAGGUGAGAAACCAUUUUCAUGUUCAGAAUGCGGGAAAUAUUUUAUCCAGAAGCAAGACCUUGUAAUGCAUCAGAGAACUCACACAGGGGAGAAGCCAUUUUCAUGCUCAGAAUGCGAGAAAAGUUUUAAUGCUAAAUCAGAUCUUGUUAGACAUUAUAGAAUUCACACAGGGGAGAAGCCAUUUUCAUGUUCAGAAUGCGGGAAACAUUUUACCCAGAAGAAUGAACUUGUUAUACAUCAGAGAAAUCACAUAGGGGAGAAGCCAUUUUCAUGCUCAGUAUGUGGGAAAUGUUUCAAUCGGAAAUCAAAUUUUGUUAUACAUCAGAGAAUUCACACGGGAGAGAAACCAUUUUCAUGUUCAGAAUGCGAGAAAUGUUUUAAUGCUAAAUCAGACCUUGUUAUACAUCAGAGAACUCACACAGGGGAGAAGCCAUUUUCAUGCUCAGAAUGCGAGAAAUGUUUUAUUGCUAAAUCAGAUCUUGCUAGACAUCAGAGAAUUCACACAGGGAAAGCGCCAUUUUCAUGUUCAGAAUGCAGGAAAUAUUUUACCCAGAAGCAAGAACUUGUUAUACAUCAGAGAACUCACACAGGGGAGAAGCCAUUUUCAUGCUCAGAAUGCAAUAAAUGUUUUAAAGCUAAAUCAGUUCUUGUUAGACAUCACAAAACUCAUACAGGGGAAAAGCCAAAGCACUCACGUUCCAGUGCAAGCAAGGGAAAUUAUUUAAAGCACUAAAUGAUUAUUGAGAAAUGUAUGUAAUUAACAAUAAAUGUCUUAUUCAAAAGCAUAUAGAAACUUAUCACUUUGCUUUUAAGAUGGUGCAGAAAACAACAUGAAAAGCACAAUAAAAAACGCACAUAACUCAACACUAUGUAUUGUAGAUUUUUGUGUGGAAUUUUUAUGUAUUUUAACAACUCAGUCAUAGUCCAUGGUGAAACCACAAUACAGCAAU